AUGAAGAAAAUCUUUCUCCUAAACCUCGUCUUAACAGCAUGGGUGUACACAACGAACUCCAACCCCUCACUCGUAGACUGCAAAACCCUCCGCAUGGGUCAAUACAUCUGCCCUGACCCCAACUACGAUCUCGUGGACCCCAAAACCCAGCAAAUUCGGGGCUGCUCCAAAGACAACACAGCCGAAGUUCCGUGUAUAGCAGUCGAUGGCCUAAAUUGCACCGACACCAACAGCUCCACGUUCAACAGAACUAUGCCAUGUAAAUGGACGAAUGGUUACUCUUUUGAAACUGCGCUACUAUUGUCCAUAUUUUUGGGAAUGUUCGGCGUUGAUCGGUUUUAUUUGGGGUACCCGGCGAUCGGACUAGCCAAAUUUUGUACAUUAGGGUUCAUGUUUUUGGGCCAGUUGAUCGAUAUUGUGUUGAUUGCGACACAAAUGGUGGGACCUGCAGAUGGGUCUGCGUACAUAAUUCCAUAUUAUGGGCCGGGGGUUCAAGUGUUGAGGAGUGACAACUGGACGUUUCGGCUGCAGCAAGACGACUGGCGAAUGGGGGAUUAGGUUAAGGCGCUAUUUAAUAUUUCGAAUUUAUAUCAUAAUAAGAUACUAAAUAGUAAA